AAAAUUUGUAUUAGAAACUGUUUUCAUAAGGCAGGACGGGACUCCAGGCUAGCUAUCGUCGGAUACGGCUUUCAGGUUAUUCCAUAUUUAUCGCCGAUUAUUUUAGAUUCUUAUGUUUGAAUGCGCCGGGUUGACCUCUAGAAACUAUCGUGAAUUAACACUUGCGUCCACAAAGAGUAAACGUAAGUUUUGAUUUAAACCGAUAAGUGUAUGGAAGACAGCUAGCUUCCCAGGCUGAAAGUCGAUUGAGUUAGGGGCUAACAAUAGUUUGAGCCUUGCAGCUAUCGUCACAACGUCGGCCGUAGAGGGGGAAAUAUUUUUUUUGUAAGUAGACCGAAUAUUUUUUUUAAUACAACAUGAGUGCUGGUACUGCAAAACCGACGCACCCGUCGACACAUGUGGAUCCGAAAUCCGCACCUCUGAAAGAAAUCCCAGAUAUUCUUGUUGACCCACGCACCAAGAAAAGAUACACGAGAGGACGGUUCCUGGGGAAAGGUGGCUUCGCGAAAUGCUACGAAAUUACAGACGUGGCGACGAAGACUGUUUUCGCUGGCAAAAUAGUGCCCAAAGCUUUGAUACUGAAGCAGCACCAGAGGGAGAAGAUGACUUCGGAAAUCGCCAUUCACAAAAGUCUAAGUCACGCGAAUGUGGUCGGAUUCCACGGGUUUUUCGAGGACGACGACUUUGUUUUUGUGGUCCUGGAAAUCUGCAGGAGAAGGUCCCUGCUGGAGCUGCACAAGCGUCGUAAAGCCGUGACUGAGCCUGAAGCUCGCUAUUACAUGACCCAGCUGCUGAAGGGUGUCCAGUACCUGCACAACAACAAAGUCAUCCACAGAGACCUGAAGCUGGGCAACAUCUUCCUCAAUGAUGACAUGGAUGUCAAGAUAGGCGACUUUGGUUUGGCAACUAAGAUUGAGUUUGAUGGYGAACGAAAGAAGACUUUGUGCGGAACGCCCAACUACAUAGCUCCUGAGGUGCUUUGUAAAAAAGGCCACAGUUAUGAAGUGGAUGUCUGGUCACUUGGGUGCAUAUUGUACACUUUGUUGGUGGGCAAGCCUCCGUUUGAGACCUCCUGUUUGAAGGACACCUACAGUCGCAUCAAGAAAAACAACUACACCAUCCCCUGGCACGUCAACCCAGCCGCCGCGGCUCUCAUCAAAAGGAUGCUGCACGCCGAUCCUUCCCAGAGACCGACCGUCGCYGAGCUGCAGAGCGACGAGUUCUUCACGUCGGGCUACAUCCCCCUGCGCCUGCCCACCACUUGUCUCACUGUAGCCCCGCGCUUCUCCAUCGCCCCCUCCACGGCUGCAGAGCUCAGCCAGCGACGCCCUCUGACGGCUCUGAACAAGGUUGGCACAGAGAAGAUGGAGGUGAAAUAUGAGCCCGCRCGAAGUGAGACUGAACAAUCAGAAAACUACCUGAAAGACAUGCUGCUGCARCUGGAAAGCAUCAAUGCAUCCAAACCCUCGGAGGGGCCCCUCAUCAGACAGGAGGAAGCAGAAGAUCCUGCAUGCAUCCCCAUCUUCUGGAUCAGCAAAUGGGUUGAUUACUCAGAUAAAUAUGGUCUAGGCUACCAGCUGUGUGACAACAGUGUGGGUGUUCUGUUCAACGAUUACACUCGUCUCAUCAUGUACGCUGAUGGAGACAGUCUGCAGUAUAUAGACAAGACUGCUGCUGAAUCCUUCCUCAGUGUUCGCUCGGUUCCCUCUGCUCUCAACAAAAAGAUAACGCUGCUGAAAUACUUUCGCAACUACAUGAGCGAGCACCUGCUGAAAGCCGGGGCCAACAUGGCGCGACGGGAUGGAGAUGAGCUGGCGCGGCUGCCUUACCUCUCCCUGUGGUUCAGAACUAAAAGCGCCAUCGUCCUGCACCUCAGCAACGGCACCGUCCAGAUCAACUUCUUCCAGGACCACACUAAGCUCAUCCUGUGUCCUCUGAUGGGCGCCGCCACCUACAUUGACGAGAAGCGGGACUUCCGCACGUACAAGCUGUCUCUGCUGGAGGAGUUCGGCUGCAGCCCGGAGCUGGCCAGCCGCAUGCGUUACGCCAAGCUGAUGGUCGAGAAGCUGCUGGUCAGCAAGCCUUCCUCUGUCGACAGUUAGACAAGUUUUUUCCCCGACACUUCAAUCACUGUCUCGUAUAGUCCCAGAACUUUGAAGUUGUGUGCUUUGUUUCAAGGGAGGCAAUUCUUUUCAAMCCCCUCAUUUUCUUAAAUGUCUUUCUUAAAACUCUGACUUUCUUCAUAAAGCUUAUACUAUUUGACAUAAACGUUCCUGCUAACAUUACUGUUGAUCUGUUGAAAUAAACUUGAAAGCAAAGACAAACAAUCUGUUAAAAUACAUCAACAAAAAGUUGCGAAGUUCCUCUUUUAAAAAAAAAUAUGGAUAUUUUAUCUUUUUUGUUCGUGCUUGAACUCUCCAGCAGUGAGGAGACGAGCCUCUCCAACACUGCAGAUGAGUAAACCUCUGGUCUUUUUGAURUUUACAGGUUUUGUUUGUUUGCAGAGAAGUGCACCAUGUUUAUACGUCUCUAUCAUGUACAUUCUUCUGUCAUUUCCUGUUUUGUUUUUGUUAUUUUGUAACUUUUUUUUUUGUUUGUUUUAGAUGAGAGGUUUUUCAACAAGGUAAACACACUUGUACAUACUUUUGAAAAUGAUUUAAAAAUUGAAUACCUCUGACCAAGCUUAAAUAAAGACUCUUUUUGGAACAAAAGCC